AGCGCGUUGGAUUCAGCGGACGGGCUCUGAAGUUCUGGCUUCAGUUUGAGCCCGCAGCAGGUACCGCUCGGCUCGGCUGGUCGUGUUCAGGAGGAGGAAAGUCACAUAAGGAGAUAAUUUAAAGACAGAAAGAGGAAAGGCAAGCUGGGAUGUGACUCGUGUAAAUUAUGCUUCUGCCAGUGAUUUACUGACAGGGAGUGUUCUCCGGGCUGUGGUAAAUGUCGGGUUGAAGUCGGAAGAUUUGUGAUCUGUUCUGUCUGAGUGGACCCCUCUUCAGAACCACCGUGAUGGAUGUCCACAUGCUGACAUGGGUGAUGGUGGGCUGGUUCCUGCGCCUCUCUGCUGCUCAGGACUCUGCAUCUGAAGGAGUGCUGAAUUGCUGCGAGGGCGACGUCUUGUUUCUAGUCGAUUCUUCCGGGAGCGUAACGUCCUACGAGCACACCCGCAUGCUCUCUUUCCUGUCCGAGCUCCUCCUGCCCUUUUCGCUGGGAGAGGACCAAGUGAGGGUGGGACUCCUGCAGGUGGGCACCAAGCCGCGCCUCGAGUUCAACUUCAACAGACACCUCACCCAAAACGGCCUGCAGAGGGCCCUGAAAAACAUCCGGCCCCUCAGGGGGGACACGAACACGGUGGACGCUCUCAAAAUGGCACAACAGUGGGCGCUGCGACCCGGGACGGAGGGCGGGGCUCGGGCGGGACUGCCCAGGGUGCUGGUGUGGAUGACCGACGGGGUGAAACCCGGGGACGUGAUCGGACCAAUGGCGGAGCUGCGGGAGGAGGGCGUGGCGGUGCUGGUGGUCUCCACCGGGCACAGCAACUACAAGGUGCUGAGGGAGGUGGUGACCCCCCCUGUGGAUAACCACCUGUACUUUGUGGACAUCGAUGACAUGAGCAUCAUCACAAAAGACCUGCGGGACGCCAUCAUCGAGAUCAUCCGAGCCGAGCGCAUCAACGUUCGAGACGUUACCACCAGCGCCGCCACCCUCAACUGGCGGCCCGUUCUGUCCGGUUUGACGGGCUACUACGAGAUCCGCUUUGCUCAGGUUCCGACAGAAGGGGCCGGAGGCAGCGGCGGAAGCGGUACCAGUCCGAGCACUGGUGGGAGUCAUUACCAGCGACUAACCCAGCCUGCUGAGUCYAACAGCAUCAGGCUGACCGGCUUGAAGCCCGACACCACCUAUACCGCCAAAUUAAUUCCAGAGUCCAACGAACAUUCAUUUAACGCUCUCUCUGUCUCCUUCACAACCAAACCAGAGGCGGUGAGCCCAUCUGUAGUAACAGUCUCUGAGUCCGGGCGAACCAGCGCCYGGGUGAGUUGGGGUCCUCUUCAGCCAGAGGCGGUAGCGAGUUACUACAUCGAGUACUCGGCCCUGCCCAGAGGAGAGCUCCACACGGUCACGGUGGGCCGGGCGCAGAACUCAACCCUGCUGAAAGACCUCCGACCCGGCACCACGUACCUGGUCACAGUGACCGCUCAGUACGCGUCAGGAAAGAAGAAGGCGAUGUCUGUCAAAAUGUGCACUCAAGAAGUGACUCCAGCCCUGGCAGACCUCCAGCUGACUACCGUUGGCAGUGACUCGGUGCAGGUGGACUGGAAGGGCGGGGUGGACGGUUUGAGGGGCUACUGGCUCACCUGGGAGGCGCAGCAUAGCUCCGUGCCAGGCCAUCGCUCCUCCUUCUAUUUGCCACCUGACUCCCUGUCAACACGACUCACGCACCUCCCCCCUUCCGCCAGAGUGUGUGUGUCACCCAUUUACCAGAGCGCAAGGGGGGAGGGACUCUGCUGCACGGCACAGUUUCAUUCAGCUGCGUUAGCGUACGGCUACCAGUCAUAGCAUCCCCCCAUGACUGCACGGGCACCUUACCAAACAUGGAGGGAGGAGGACGACGACGAGAAUGCUGACUUCAGUCGACAAUUCURCUGGAUGCCUCUCCCCUCCGUGAACGUUAUCCAGGAGGGAAGUGCUUUGGCUCAGCGAGCGCUCAUGUGGAAGUCAUAGACAUUUAAGAAUGUUGCAGGAGAUGCUGACUGCUAAAUUCUGCAACACAAAAGUAUUAUCUUCUCUCCUGUGUUUACUACACCAUCUGUUUUUCACCUGUUGUAAAAUUGAUCACUUUAAAAGUCAGAUUUGAUAAUGUGUUGGGUCUGGUUUGCAGACUCUGAAAGCUGGGGACUGUUAACAUUUUCUUUUUCCCUCUGGCUUGUUUUGGAGAGAGAAUUUACAACAUAUGUACGCCAUGUGUCCAAAUCAGUAUUUUUUUUAUAACUCUUGCCAAUGCAGAGGGGACAUCUGAAACACAUUUACUAUAAAUAUUUUUGUAAACUUGUACUUAAGUGACUUGUCUUUCAAUGACAUGCAUUGAAUACUUGUGUGUGUACACUGGAGCGCAGCAGGUUGAAACGGAUCUUCAGGGUUAUUUUGAACUUUUAAAAACAGACCACAAUCACGUGUUUUGACACAUACCAGAGAGACGCUGUACACGAUAGAGAUACUUGUAACUCGGUAGCUUUAUGACAUCUGAAUUAAUCCAAUUCAUAUUUAUUUACAAAGAAUUAUGUAAGAAUAAAAAUGAAUGGCUUGAAAUGUUCGCAAACAUGCAGUUUACAUGAGACUGUUACUUUUCCACAGCCUAUCUUUGCUGCCCCCUACUGUAAAGAUCAUUACUGUUUUACUGCAUCCAGAACAAAAUAAAAUGUUUUGUUUGUUGUUUUCUGUUGAAAUCUAACAGAGAUGUGUCCAAUAAAAUCAGUUAACAAUGUU